CAUCGGCGUCAUGGAAACAUCAAACUUUGCCCAUGUCAUCUUCCAGAACGUUGGGAAGAGCUUCCUGCCCCAGGAGGCACUGGAGUGUUGCUACACCCUCACCUCCUACAUCACCCCCAACCCCAAAGACUGGGUGGGAAUAUUUAAGGUGGGUUGGAACACAGCGAGGGAUUACUACACGUUCCUGUGGUCUCCCAUGCCGCAAGACUACCAACCUGGAAGCACCGUACACAGGGCUGUGGUGUUCCAAGGGUACUAUGUUCCCAAGAGUGACGGGGAGUUUUAUCAGUUCUGUUACGUCACACACACGGGUGACAUCAGAGGCGCCAGCACACCUUUCCUGUUUCGCCCGGACACGCCCACCGAGGACUGUCUCACCGUUACCGAGGAUGACAGCAACUCAGACAUUCUGGUGGUGACCACCAAGAGCAGUGUGCUGGAGCAGCGUGUAGAGGAGGCGCAGCAGGAGCGCAGGGAGCUGUUGAAGACCAUGCACCACCUGCAGGAGGAGAAGCAGCAGCUGCAGGAGGAGCACAGGAGGCUGCACAGAGAGAGAGAGGAGGAGGUGAGGAGGAGGCUGCAGGAGGCCACAGACCGGGUCAGACAGCUGGAGGAAGACCUACAGGGAGUCACACAGAGGGGACUGCAGAAAGAGACCGAACUGGACUGUCUGAGAGACAGGUUAAAGAAGCUGACAGCAGAUAGAGACACUCUGGAGACCCAACUGAAGAAUGAGAAGGACGAGAGGGACCUUUACAAGGUCCACCUGCGUAGCACGGAGCUAGAGAACACUAAGCUGAGUGCAGAGCUGCAGAUGCUGAAGGCUGUGGAGCUCAACAGAGAGGUGACCAUCGCUCAGUUCCAGGAAGAACUGGACAGGCUCCGAGCCUGCGUCACUCAGAAAGAUCGCCUGGAGAAAGAGCUGCACACACACGCUGCUGAGAUGGGUCGUCUGAGGGAGAAGCUUCGCCAGGCCGAGGAGCAGCUCCAGGCGUCUCGCCAGCAGGCCGCCAUGUUGGUGUCGGAGCUCCGCGACUCAGCGUGUGCCCGCGACCGCACCAUGACCGAGCUGUACCGCGCCCGCCUGGAGGUCGACGCCCUCCGCGCCAGCCUGGCCGAUGCCCAGGCCGAGUGCCGGCGAAUGGAGACGCAGCUGGACCGCAUGAGGACCACCUCCCAACAGGAAGUGGGUGUGGGGACCUCCAGUGAGGGGGGGUGUGUGGUGUCUGAGGCGGAGGCUGAGCUACAGAGAGAAGUGGAGGAGCUGAAGCUGCGUCUCCACAUGGCCGCUGAGCACUACAAGGAGAAGUACAGAGAGUGUCAGCGACUCCGCAGGCAGGUGGCCAAGCUCAGCGAGGCCCAGGGGGUGAGUCUGUCUGAGUCAAAGAGAAACGCUGCUACUGAGACGACACAGGCGCCACUGACACCCAGUCCAGAGUCACCUACAAUGGAGAGUUGGGUGGAGGUGGAGAAUGAGAGGAGGAGUGCUGAAGAGGUGGAUGAGAGGAGUGUGGAGGAGGAUGAGAGGAGGAGUGUGGAGGAGGUAGAGAAAGAACAGACUCGUUCGGUGGAGGAGGAGCUGGCGAGGAUGGAGGAGAAGUGGGCGGAGCAGUGUGCUAUCAACGAAACGCUCAAACAGAGACUGGCCAAUGAGGAGGAGCGAUUCCGGAUCCAGAUGGCAGAGAGGGCCAUAGAGGUGACAGAGCUGAAGGAGAGUCUGGCUCAGGCCCUCAGAGAGAAGGACCAACUCAAGGAGGUGUCUAGGUAUAUGAAAGGGUAUUUCAGAUCUAGGAGAGAGGUCAAACAGCCUGUGUUGCUACGCUACCCCCUGCCCUACCCCCAGGACCCCUCCCCACCCCCCCUGGUACCCCAGAGACCUGCAGAGCUGCAGUACGGGAACCCCUACUCCACCGACAACACUCGAGACGGGGCAGACGGUGCCCUGUCCCCUGAGCAGAUGCCCCGCCCCCCUCCCGAGGCUCCUGGUGCAUGCGCCCCUCCGGCCACCCCCCCGACCCCCCCAACCCCUGGUGCAGGCUGGGAGAGAGAGGUGGUCUGCAUCCAGCCCUCCUCGCGAAGCAUGAGCCCCCCCGACGGACUGGAGCACCCCCCCGAGGAGCCACGCAACGUUGGUGAUGGGGAGCAGCCUGCCUGCAAUCAUCAGUCCAGCAGCAGACGCAACGAUAACAGGAGCAGCUUCUGUUUUGACCCCAGUAGUGAGGUCCACAAGCGCUGUCCGUUGUGCGAGGUGAUCUUCCCGCCCCACUUUGAGCAGCGUAGCUUUGAGCAGCACGUGGAGAGCCACUGGAAGGUGUGUCCCGUGUGCUCUGAGCAGUUCCCCCUCGACUGCCAUCAGCAGCUCUUCCAGAAGCACGUGCUCACACACUUUGAUGGCCAUGUGCUAAACUUCGACAAUAUGGAGUAGCGGGGAGGUUGGGGGGUGUGUGUGUGUGUGUGUGUGUGUGUAAAAGGGAAGGUUGGAUUGGAUUAAAUUAUAAUAAUCGGUUGAAUUAAAUUCAAAUAAUUCUAGGAACGUGUGCUCAAAUUGGGGUUGGGAAUGAUUUCAUUUCAACUCUGAUUAGGAGGGGAGAUUACAAAUCAUCACAUCAACAUUUGAAAAAUAAUCUGGGGAAAAUUGCUCUUUUAAAUGUUCUGAAUUUAAAUGGAAUUAACUUCAAUCCUGGCCUCACAUGCUACCUUUCAAUUAAGUAAAGGUUAAAUAAUAAAUAAAUGCUACCUUUCAAAAACAUCAAGGAGUAUGUAAGGGGGAGUUUGUCAUUUCCGGUUUAGGGAAAUAAUUUAAAAAAGUACUUGGCGUGAGAAGUUCGGAUCACUUUGGUUUCGUCCCAUGUUGAUGAUGUCAUCUUUCUGCUUCGGGGUUGUAGUGUCAUCACUGCAUGUGUUUAGUAUCCGUAGGAUCCAUCACUCAGUAGCCACACCUAGAAACAGGUGACAUCCAGGGAUGGGAGGGGGAGUAGGUUGACGUUGCCUCUAAACAUUGAUCUAAGGUCAGUUUUGGGUUUUACCUAAUGGUUAAGGUUGGGUAAUCUGAUCCUAGAUCUGUGGUUAGGGGAAACUAAUGUACAGCAUGACAGUCAGACUCUUGUCAGCAAAAGACGUUAGACAUUUUUUUAAUAUAUAACAGGAAAUAGCACUACUGUUUAAAUUUGACUGCACUAAAAAGGCUUCAUUAUUCUGAAUGUAUGUAUAUAUAUGAGAAGUAGGACUAUUAUGGAGACCUCAAUGUAUUCCCUCAUGUUUUAGUAAUGACAGAAUGAUGGACCAAUUGUUUUACUUCCUGGUCUCUGGAUAGGCUAACAUUCUCCUUCAGUUGGAGGGAAGGUAACUGGAAAUAUGACUGCUCUAGAAGACUACUGUACACCUGGCUAUGGUCUCUUUCACUGUGUUAAGUCUAUGACCUGAGACUCAUCCUUUGUCGGGGUCCAAGUCAGUUUCUGUUGGCUGUGCGUGCGUCUCCACAUUGAGUCUCCUUUAGUUCUUGACAUCUGUCUGUCUGAGAUUUGACUGUUCUUUCAACGUGACCACAGUGCUGUACUUUUGGCUUCAAAGUUGCAGCUUUGUAUGUGUGCAUUAAAAAUAUCUUU